AUGAAAUUAUAAACAUCACAUCACUAUUAAAAAGUUAAUUAUUUAAUUCCAUAUUUCUAAUCAAGGCAAUUAUAGGUGUAAAAGCUUUGAUCAUGUUUAAUUAUUGGCAUUUUGUACAUUCGGAUAAUUAAAACCGAAUAUUCCUCCAUUUUUUUCCUGGGUUUCCUUUAUUGUGUCUACUUUUUCUUUAUUGCAUUGUGGGUAUGUCAAAUUUUCAAUGUUAAUCUUUGAUAUUUGAAUUUUUGAAUUGUUUGGAGAGUAAUCUGAAUUGGGUUUUUGAUGAAUUUUUUUGGGUUUCUUUUAAUUGAGCUGAAACUCUGAAAAUGAUGAGAAAUCUGUCAGAAUUUCAUUGAUUGUUUUGAUUUGUCCGAAAGAUGGUUUGAAUAGGGUAUUUUGAUUUUGUUGAGCUGAAAUUUUCCUUUAAAUAGAAAAAUCACAAGUAUUUUGUUACUGGGAGAAGUUGGUGAUUGUUUGGUUCGUUGAAAUUUAGUUGGGUUUCUAAUUUUAGUUUGAAUUUGGGGUAGUUGUAUACCUAUUUCAGAUUUAUAUGAUCGUCAUUUGGUUGUCUACAUUACGAGUGAUUGUAAUCGAGGUGGGGCGGAAUUUGAAUUUCAUUUGUGAAAAUGUUUGCUGUGGGGAGAUUAGGAAGUUACAUUAGCCGAGGUGUAUGCACCGUCUCUGGCCCCUUUCAUCCCUUUGGUGGAGCAGUAGAUGUAAUUGUGGUGGAGCAGCAAGAUGGUAGCUUUAAAUCAACCCCGUGGUAUGUUCGAUUUGGGAAGUUUCAAGGUGUUUUGAAAGCAACGGAGAGAGUAGUCAGUAUUAAUGUCAAUGGAGUCGAUGCUGAUUUCCACAUGUAUUUGGAUCAUAAAGGGGAAGCAUUUUUUGUUAAAGAGGUUGAUGGAGCAGAAGCGGAAUCAGAGUCGUAUUAUUCCUCUCCAGAUGAGAAAGAAGUGAACUCUGAUAGUUGGAUAACACAAAAAUCUAUGAGCUGCAACUAUGAUGCUAACCGGACAGAGAUGAUUUCUGAACUUGAAGGAAGUAAUGGAAAGAUUACAGCUCGGACCAAUAGUAGUCGACGGGGAAGGAUUUUUCGCCUUCCUUUUGGUAGACGGUUGAUGAAGGAGAAUGGUUUCCGGGAUGGAAAUUCUAGUGCCGAAGUGGACAGUGUUAGUUCUUUGGAGCGUGCUGAGAUUGCUGCGGACUUAUUGGAAGUACGGUGGACAACUAAUCUUCGUCCUGGCAAAAACCAAACUACCAGUGUUUCUAAUGCAACUAAAAAGCCUUCUUCUGUAUCUUCUGAAGGUAAUGUUACUUCAGGUAUGUCUGACUGCCUACAGCCAACAUCAAGUAUUGAGAAAACUGAUACUCAACUUUCAUGUUUGAUAAACCCUGAAAAUUCUGUGGAGCUUACCAUUGAAGAAUCUUACAUUGCAGCUGAUCUUACUUCUGUAGGAUCAAAUAUAUCUGAUGGAGUUCAUGAUGGCUGUAGUAAAAACAACCAAAUUUCUGUGAGUGAGUUCUCUGAGGUUUCUAAGUCUAGUCCGAAACUUGCACAGACAGUGGCAAGUGAAAUAGUUGAAGGAAAUGUUUCCCCUGAAUGGUCUUUUAAUAACAUAAAUGUCAAGCAGGAAAAUAUUGGCAAAUGCAAUGGAGAUGAGGAUACAUUAUGGAAUGCUUCUACUUCUCAUGUUACAGAUGUGGUUGGUACAUCUCAUCAAUGUAGCAUAGGUGAGGUUCCUUUGGAGUACUCCAGCUCAGGAGACCCUUGUAAAAGUGCAACUGGCUCAAUGAAUGAGCUGAGCUCAGAGGAUCUUUAUGCUGGUACCAGUGGUUUAAACUCGCUUCCUAUAGUUUCAGAGAAGGAAGGUUCUGUUACUAAUGUGACACAAUGUGCUCUUUCUUCAAGUCCUAAAGAUCCUACUCGAGACAGAAUUAAUGAAGUAACACCUUCAGAUGAUAAAGAGGAGCAAUUCCUUUUCAGUGAUCUUGAUGACUGUAAGGUGGAGAAAGUGGAACAUAUUCAGACCUCAUCAUCAGGGAGUUCACUAGAAAGCAGUGAAGGAGGACUGCCAAAAAGAACUUUCACAGAUGAGUCACAUCAUCUGACAUGCAAUCCUGCUCAAGAUAAUCUUCUUAUCAAUGAUGCAAGCCUUAAAAUGAAUUCAAAUAGAAUGUCGUGCCCUAUAAGCAUUUCAAAAGUUCAUGAUGAUGAUGCUGAAGAGAAGGCCUUGGCACCAGCAGCAGAAUCUUUACCUAUUAUGGUGUUUGAUGGUGAUGAUCCAUCACGUGAUGCUCGUCAGACAAUUAGUCGUUCCUUGGAUUCAACUCUUGAAGCUUUUAAGAUGGUCAAUAAUGAUGUUUCAGCUGCUUCAGGCUUGAGUGGAGGUCCGCAGCAAGUAGCACAAUCACGCUUAGAGGAAAUCAAAAACAUUAUUUCUGAUCCUGCAGUAGAGGUAUCCCUCUGCAGACACUUGUUAUUUGAUGGAAUGGGCUACGAAGCUGCUGCUCAAGCAUUCGAUGCUGAAAAAUUGGAUAUUGACAAUUUUCUAUCUCUCGGUCUUGAUAUUUUGAAAAACGAUAAGCUUGUUGUCAGAAUUGGUGGUCUUUAUUUUCCAUGGGAUGCAGCUUUGCCUAUUGCUUCAGCAAUAGGUUCACAGGAAAAGGUACCAAUGCUGGAACCGAAAGGCAUGAUAGCUGUUGGUCAAGUUGAAAAUCAAAGCUCUGAAGGAGUCACACAGAAGUCUAUAAAUUCCGGAAAUGGCUCUUGGAGAUUAUGGCCAUUCUCAUUCAAGAAAUCAAAUAGCAUGCAAAACAGAAAUUCUAGCUUUGAAACUCCUGCCGAGGACCUCAAAGAUAUUGCUGGAAAUUCAGAUGCAGUUGUUCCCAGAGCAAUGAAAAAGAAGAUACGGGCAAAGUUUCCCACUUCUGAACAGCUUGCAUCCCUAAAUCUAAAGGAAGGGAAGAAUGUUGUGACUUUCACAUUCUCAACAGCAAUGCUUGGAGAGCAGAAGGUCGAGGCAAGAAUAUUUUUGUGGAAAUGGAAUGCACGGAUUGUGGUCUCAGAUGUUGAUGGGACUAUUACUAAAUCAGAUGUUCUUGGGCAGUUCAUGCCAAUGAUGGGAAUAGAUUGGUCUCAGACUGGUGUCACACAUCUUUUCUCUGCUAUUAAGGAAAAUGGUUAUCAACUUCUUUUCCUUAGUGCUCGCUCCAUUUCACAAGCCUAUCACACUCGGCAGUUCUUAUUCAACCUUAAACAGGAUGGGAAAGCACUACCAGAGGGUCCUGUCUUAAUAUCUCCAGAUGGACUUUUUCCUUCUUUGUAUCGAGAAGUGAUUAGAAGAGCUCCUCAUGAAUUCAAGAUAGCAUGCUUGGAGGAUGUUAAGGUGCUGUUUCCAUUAGAUCACAAUCCAUUCUACGCCGGGUUUGGAAAUAGAGACACUGAUGAGUUAAGCUAUCUUAGAGUUGGAAUGCCUAGAGGGAAGAUCUUUACCAUUAAUCCCAAGGGUCAGGUUGUUGUGAACCGUCGAGUGGACUCAAAAUCAUAUACUUCCCUCCAUGUUCUUGUACAUGACAUGUUUCCUCCAACAACUUUUCAUGAACAGGAGGAUUACAACUCGUGGAACUUCUGGAAACUACCACCUCGAGAUGCCAUUUGAAAGAUCUGCAUACUAUGAAUUGACAGUUAGUCUGGCUAUAAAUUAGGAAGGAAUAAACGUGCAUGUUACUCCAACAGUUUCUGCAGGUUCUGAAACGACAACUUUGGAUCUUCUGCAUUUUUAUCCACGCAGGAGUUGGCUCGUGCACUUUCAGUUAAUUUUGUACGAGAGGAGAACUGCCAAAGAAUGUGUAUAAUAGUUUUUUCUUCUCUUGUUUGGUCAAUGUCUUAGUUUUGACUGUUGUACAGAAUUUAGAGUUAUCACAAAUCGUUACUGGAUGAAGAAGCAAUCAAUCGAGUCUACGACUUCUUUUGUUGCUGUCAUCAUUUAUAUGUUACGCAAGCAACAAACACGAUAGGUAGCAUACUGACAUAUAUAUAUAGGAUUAUAGGGAAACACGGUUUUGAACUGAAGGGGAAAGAAAGUGAUGUAAAUUUGUAUGGAUGUAUGAGCUUCUAAAACUAGUUAUAUGAGAAUCUUUGUUCUUACAAGUUA